AAGAUGUCGCGCUCAUUUCUAGUGGACUCGUUGAUCAGUGAUAAACCAGCGCCGGUGAAAAAAACGUUCCCCUAUGCGGGACCCUUCACUCAGCUCCCCGUGACUCCACCCGGUGCCACACUGCCCUACUCCGCCUGCUAUGUUGGGAGUUAUCUGUUCUCGCUUGGAUUACAACAGCAACAGCAGCAGCAACAACACCAGCAACAUUUGCUCCAGCAUCAUCCCCAGCAGAGUCUCUUCCCGCACACGACCACCUUACCGCACACACCCACCAACCAGCCCGUCGUGCCAUUCUGGCAAUCGGACGCUAAGCUCGAACUGUCACCGAAGCUUUACCAACCGACGGAUGUCUCACCACCGAAGCUGUCCCCGAAGGAGGACUACUAUCGCAAGCUGUACCGCUGUGAAAAGACACCGGAACGAUUCACGCCCUACACCGUCACCGCCCGUCCCACCGAAACCUUAUCCAGCACCGUAACACCAACCGUUCCCUCGGCAAGUCCUUCUCCGACGCGUUCCAACGAUCUCUCGCAGACGUACGCCAUCGAUGACGAACUGUCCAGCAAGCGUAUCCGGACGGCCUUCACCAGCACACAACUGCUCGAGCUGGAGCGUGAGUUUGCCGGCAAUAUGUACCUUACCCGCUUGCGACGCAUCGAAAUCGCCACCCGUCUCCGGCUGUCCGAGAAGCAGGUCAAGAUAUGGUUCCAGAACCGCCGUGUUAAGCGCAAGAAGGGAGACACUCCGUUCGGUGCCGAGUUGACGGGAGUCUCGCCCGCACCCGGGGACCGUCAUUCUCCAAAAGAACAUCAGCACGGCCAGCAUUGCUGUUGUCGAGGAUCACAGUGUGGUGGUGCGAGUUCCGAUUGCGAGGAUUUGCCCCAGCGUACGUCAGAAGAACGGACCGUGUCUCCCGUCGGCAGCCAGGAGAAAGCGUGGGACUUUAGCAAGGCCUUCCAACAUUAG